GUCGACGCCUCCAGUCAGCCUUCAGCGAGCCAAAGCUCUUUAAUCUUAAACUUUUAUCUCGCUCUCUCUCGGCGAUUUAUAAACUUGCCCAAGUCGGUUGACACCCGAGUAAACAAACAACUUAAAUUAAUUAAUAAUUAAAUAUCUUGCGCGAUUUCAGAGAGUCAGUAUUUACUUUUCACACUUCCCAAGUCUUCAAAUAAACCUUCAAUUAAUUUGUUUUAAUUAACGACCUCAAAUUAUAAUUUCACAAAUUUUUUAAAUUAUUUGUCCAAGUGGUUAAAAUUUUUUUUCAUUUUAUUUUUUUUUUUUUUAUAUGUUUUAUCUUAAACCCUAUUCGUCCAACCUGUCGGAUUGACUUGGACCGAGUACUCAUCAGUUCAGUGACACAGACAUAAUAAAUUAAUAAUAAUAAUAGUAAAAAUAAUAAUCGAUAUUAUUAAUUGUGAGGUGAUUUUAUUUAAAAAAAAAAAAAAUCCUAAACUUUUAAGUGGGCCGACAAUGCAAGUUGAGUGCACCUGCGACACGCGACUUGACGCACGUUAGCAGUGAAAAAUAAUAAAAUUAAUUUGUAAAAAGUGAAGUGAAUUCGAUUAUCGAACACAUUUAUUUGAGGGGUUGAAUUAAUAAUAAUAAAUAAUAAAUAAAAAAAAAAAAAAAAAAAAAAAAAAGUAAAUAUUUUUUGAUAAAAAAAAAAAAGAGGACAGUACGUUCUCUCGUCGUCGUCGUGCGAUGCUCGAGGCUGAAGUAGUGACACGUAUAAGACGUGAGUCCGCACGUUUCAAGAGGUAGCACCACGAAAGAUCACUAGCUAAUCAGCUGCUCUUAUUAUUAUCAUUGUUACGUAAUUCACGGCCAAGGCGACGACGACGACGACGAAGACGAAAGACAACAAAGUUUAUUCUUCUGUUCAAUAAUAUUUAUAAAACUAUAUAAACAUAUAUAAAUAGCCGUCAAUUAUUUAUUUAUCACUUUUAUUUUUGUCUCUUAUCAAUUACUGAUAAAAAAUUUUUAAUGGACAAUUUGGUCACGUAAACAAAUGGUCGAUUUUUAGUGAAAUUUCAUAAACUGAAAUUAAAUAUCCGACGUAAAAAAAAAAGAAAAAAAAAAUCGAAAUUAAAAUUUCGAAUUAAAUGACAAUUUGAUACAGUGAUUUAAUUAACUGUGUAAAUAAAGUGUACAGUUUAAUAAAUAACUUAAGUGCGUGGCUCAUUUCCCUUAAUCCUAAAUUCAAAUAAUUGCCAUUGACUUUUAUAAAUUAUAAUAGAUUUAAAAAAAAAUUAUAUUUAAAGUAGACGUAAAACGAGAGCAGGCAGGAGUAAAUUCCUUCGUGGAGUUACAAGAUCAAAUAAAAAUAAAUAAUUAAUUAUUAAUAAAGUUAAGAUCUCUAAUUUAUUUGUUAUAUUGUUGUAGAAUAUUAAUAUUAAAAAAAAUAAUAAUAAUAAUAAUAAACAGGUCGGAGCAGUACGGGUGACUAGCCUUCUUAAAGCCUAUAUGAUAAUAAAUUUAUCAUCGGCGUCAUUAGCACGGCACUCAAUUGUUAUAAAAAAAUAUUUAAUUAAUAAGGAAGGAUAAAUAAUUAGGCGAGAAAAAUUUAAUUGUAAAAUAAAGGGGAAAUUUUUGGGUGAAUAAAAAAAAUAUACGAGCUGGUUAAUUAAUUGAUAGACGGUUUAAUUAAGUAGAAGGAUAAUUUUAAUAAAAAAGAUAUUAAAUAUAUCAGUUCCUCUUUAUUUUAUCCUCAGAGCCCCUCUAUUUUCACCCACUCACUCACUCACUGAGAGGGUGUUCACUAACGCGAGCAAUAAGCAGCUGAAUAUUUUAAAAAAUUCAAACUCGCCUUUAAUUUUUAUCCCUCCUUCCCCUCCUCCUCCGUCUCGUUUUAAAAACGGGCCUCACAUUUUGUAACUGAGGUGGACUGACGGAGUUCGGGGACCAAUUUAAUAGCACGCAAUUUUUGAAUAUUAUUUGCUUGUCAAUUUCAUUAUAAAUAUAUUCAAUUAGUAUAUCAUAUAUAGUAUUUAUAAUUACAUAUACAUAUAUAUAUUUAUUAAAUAGUGUACAAUAUAAUUGUCACUGUAGUCUAUUUAUUUUGUAUAUAAUAAAUAUUCCUAGUCUUAUUGUAAUCCCACUGGGCCGUUACAAAACGCACAAUAUGAGCAAUAAAUUUUAAAUUUAAAAAAUUGAAAAAUAAUUUAAAAAAAAAAAAUCUGUAUUAAUAAAAUAAUAUAAGUAAUAAAUAUAAAGACCGUCCAAAAUAAAAUCAGUAAAUUAAAAAAUAAAAGUGAAAAGUGUGUAACGAAAAAAUAAAACGGAUUAAUAAAUGUGUAGGCGAUGAGGCCAUCCUGAAUCGGGCAUGUUGGCCUUGGCCUCACCGAGAUGCUACGAGAGGUAUCAAAGUCUACAGAACGAAGAGGUAAAAAUAUAUAUUACAAAGUACGUAGACGAGGAACUUUAUCAGAAGAAUUCAGUAAAAGGGAUAAUAGUAUCAGUGUCUUGGAUAGUAACAUUUAUGUUUUUACUACUGUCUCCCGCGGCGGGUUUACCGUUGACUCAAAGCACCUUGAGCUCAACGAUAGCGACGACGGAGUUGGAUCCGAUGACGGAAACAACAAGUGGAUCACAUAUAACGUGGAUACGAUAGCAAAAGCUUGGGUCGAAGGUGCAAGUCAUGCCGGGCUACGAGGGCGCGGUGAUUAACGUCAUCAGCGCCAGUGAUAGUCUGGCGUCGACGAGCAUCUUCGAGGUUAACAUGAAUAACAAUACGUCUGUUACUUAUGAUUCGUCUCCAUCAAACACCAGUAAUAUUUAUACUGUCAUUACACCAUCGUACGAGUCGACGACAGCCGUAAUUUCGUCCUCGACUACGGAGGAACAGGAACGAGGAAGUGAAGAGGAACAAGUUGGAAGAGGGGAAGAACAAGAGGCAGAAGAGGAGACAAUUACAGACUUAAAUAUUUGUAGUGGCUGUCUAUUUAAGCAAACAAGACUUGAAGAAGAGGAGGAAGAAGACGAAGGUUAUGCGUCAGGGGAUGAGUCCAUUGAUUCGAUAGAUCGUGAGAGCGAAAAAAUAAAUGUUGAUUUAAUUGAAGAGGAAUUUAAAGACACUGGGUUACUAUUUAGUUCCGAGGAGGAUUUUAUCACCAUGGACGAGUUCAAUGGUAGUUAUUUUAACAAAAGCUAUGAGGAGUUUAGUAUAAAUGAUAAUAAUAAUAGCAGAGAUGACAACGAAACUUAUAUCGAAGGUCUGUAUCCGUCGGGCUACAGCCUGAUACAGAUAAUAUUUGCCUCGAUUGCGGCGACGAUACUCAUGAUUAUUGUCGUCGUUGGGAAUAUGCUCGUUAUAAUAGCAAUCGCGACUGAAAAGGCGCUCAAGAAUAUUCAGAACUGGUUCAUCGCGAGUUUGGCGGUUGCUGAUUUUUUUUUGGGCCUUAUAAUAAUGCCCUUUUCGUUGGCCAACGAGAUAAUGGGCUACUGGAUAUUUGGGUACUGGUGGUGUGAUAUUUACUCGGCGAUGGACGUGCUACUGUGCACCGCGAGUAUUAUGAAUCUGUGUUUGAUAAGCUUGGAUAGAUACUGGAGCAUUACACAGGCUGUUAAGUAUCUCAAGAAACGGACUCCGGCAAGGGCCUUUUUUAUGAUCACGCUUGUUUGGAUUCUCUCCGCGCUUAUUUGCAUCCCACCGCUUUUGGGCUGGAAAAGACCCAGUCCUGAAGAGGAGUUUCCCAAGUGCAAGCUGUCCGAGGACAUUGGGUACGUACUCUAUUCAGCACUUGGAAGCUUCUACAUCCCCUCAUGCAUCAUGGUGUUCGUAUACAUACGCAUAUAUUUUGCGGCAAAAAGAAGAGCAAGAAGAGGGAUACGGAAGCAGCCGAAACCGCGGCCAGCGGCACCACCCGAGUCACCGGAUAUCCGGCAGACGAGCUUCACCCAGUCUACCUCGGCAGCAGAGCCCAGACUGGGACACGGUAUCAAUACUAUUAAAAAUGUAGCGACUAUUGAAAAUCAAGCUGUACAAAUUCCCAUCGUCACUUGCGACUUUGCAAGUGACGUAAGUACUUCCGAGGCCGAUCCUGGCGGCGGAUCGACUGCCGACGAAAAAGAUACACUGAAGGUAUCAGUGACACUGCCAAUGCAGAAGACAAAUCUAAUGGCAACGUUAUCAGUGAACGGGAAUGAGGGUCAGUCGGGUCUAGCAACAUCAGCGACCAGCAGCAUACCAUUGACAUCACGAUGCCGUGCUCCCAGUGUCGGGAUUGAUGUUGAUAUGGUGUCGGAAUUUGAUCCCUCGUCAUCAGACAGCGGGGUUGUUUCUCGCUGUGCUGUUGUAAAACCGCUUAAAUUACGUUUAUGUCGUCCGAUAUUUGGUCGGAAAGCCAUCGGUAAAAUAAAGCGCGACAACAACAGUGACGGGUCCUCAUCGCGUAACAACAACCAGACUGGCAACAACAACAGUCGUGAUUGUGGGACACCCGUCGAAAUUAUAAAACCAGUAAAGCCGCGUGAUCCGGAGCGAGAAAAACGUCGGAUCGCUCGCAAAAAGGAAAAACGGGCGACGCUUAUUCUUGGACUGAUAAUGGGCAGUUUCAUAGCAUGUUGGUUACCAUUUUUCUUUUUGUAUAUCGUCAAGCCAUUGUUCCCGUUUCUAUCAAUACCUGGACAAACAUUCGUAAUAGCGUUCUGGCUCGGAUACAUGAACUCCGCCCUCAAUCCUGUUAUUUAUACAGUAUUCAAUAAAGACUUUCGUCGCGCAUUCCGUAGGAUACUUUACAAAUAAAUCAUCACGUUUUUUCUUACAUUUGAAUUAAUAUUCGACUGACUUUCAAUCAUUUUUUAAAAAUCCAGGGCCAGAAAAAUUUGAUCUGCUUUGAGUCUUUCAUCUUUUAUUGGACGUAUAGAACUUGUUUAAAAAUUUUCUACUGUUUAUAAUUUACGGUAUUUAAAAAAACUGUCGUCUGAAGACAGAGCAAAACUAAAUGUGUAAUUUAAAAAAUUUUAAUUAUGAAUAUUGGAAAAAACAAAACUUCGUGAAAAAAAAAAAUCUUGCUCAUUCCGCGGAUUUUUUUUAUUAAUUGUAUAAAUAAAACUUUCCCUCAGAGAAAUUUUUGAGGAAAUCAAAUAAAUUAAAAAUCACCCGAUCCGCAAACUUUAAUGAGUAAACUACACAUGAAUAAAAAAAUUUAUUAAAUUAAAAUUAUAGUUGAAAUUUUAAUUUCACUUGAAACGGAUCAAAUUUUCCAACCCAGGUCAUAAAAAUUAUUUAUUAUUAUUAUUGUUAUAAGUAUAUAAUAAAAUUACUUUAAAAUAAUAUUUCAUAGCGAACGCGGCGUGAGGGCUCAAGAGUUUAUGCAAAAGUUUAAGAUUUUCGGUUGUAAAUUCAAAGUUGGACAUGAUCUUGAUCUCCCUUUCGGGCUUGGUCUUGAGUUCGAGUACUUAAGUUCAGUUAUCGGACAAGUCUCGAGGAUUUAGACGAUGAAAACUUGUGGACAUGGGUCUUGUUAAUGUUAAAUAACUUGAGAAUAAUGGAAAUUUCUCAAGGGUCCUCACGUCAAUCGACAUUAUAAAGUGGUCCCAGUAAGAGAAUGCACCUCGGAAAUUGCCCCCACCACCGAACAUUUAUGCAUUGCGCAUGCGCACAGAAAAGUGGGAGAACAUUUAACACAUAAAACACCCAGAGUGGGAGUAAAAACCGACGACACCCGAGGUGCAUUCUCUUGUUGGGAUGACAAUAAUUCAUAACGUUAACUCGGGACUGGAAUUGAACAUAACCUAAUCAGCUCGAUAUAAUUAUUAUUAUUAUUAUUAUUAUUAUUAUUAUUAUCAUUAUUAUUAUUAUUAGGAACAAGAUUUUUGCCUUUUUUUGAAAUGAGUAGUUCAAAUUUUUGAUAUUACGGGGAAAAUAUCGGUCUUAGUAAAAAAGUUUUCCAACAAAAGUUGUAGGAAAUUUAAUUUUAUUAAAAAAAUGUCUCUUAUGAUUUUCUUAU